AUGUCGGCCCACGAUUUUAGCGAUGUAGCUCUCUCUAGUACAUACCUGAUAGCCGAUAACACAAGCUACUCGGUCUUCUACGGAUGCAGCACCGAACAGAUGCGCGAUAUUGAGAUGACUCGAGCGCAAACGACUCGUGAACGUCGCCGAGGAUCUCGUCGAAACUUCACCAUCAAUUCGGACAUGCUCGAGAACAAGCACUGGGACCUCAACACACACAGAAUACGCGAGUCUCUCGCUACCUGCGUGCACAGUCGCACGCUGAUGGACCAGAUUCGCUCCUUUAAGCGGCAGCUCAAUAAGGUGCUGGAAGAGAACGAAUCGCUUGCGCGGGAGGAAUGGGCACCGGCUGCUAUCCGCGACGUGUUGGAUGAGUAUGAGGACAAGAUUGACGAGUGCAGCAUGAUGGCGGCGAACCUGUCAUUAACUAUGCAGACUGGAUGGAGCCAAAUCUCUCGCGAGGAUUCCAUCGUCAACACCCAGAUUGCCAAGGCCAACACGACCAUUGCCCUCGAGUCACAGAUCGAGAAUGCCCAGAUGAGAUCGAUUGCCGUCCUGGGCAUGAUAUACCUCCCGCUGUCCUGCGUUGGCUCUAUCUUCUCGACAACCAUCUUCAAUUGGCGCCCGAGCGAGGGCGAGCCAGUCAUCUCCAAUUACAUAUGGAUACUAAUCGUCAUCUCGGCAGGCCUGACCGCGCUCACUAUACUGGCCUGGCACUUGACCACGAAUCGAGUGAAGAUCAAACAGGAAAAGCGGAGCAAGAGCUUUGAAAUUGAGCUGGAUCGCAUGCCGUGA